AUGUAUUUUCCUAAUGCCCAGAUAUUGUCAAUGAUGGGCACUCUUUCUCGAAAGAAAAUAUUAUCCAUUAUUGGUAAACAACAGUAUUCGCUUUUAUCUUCUAAAAAGCUUUUCAAAGAUACAAAGAAUAAAUCCUCCUCAACAGACACUCAGUCUCUGAAAAAGUCAAAGAAAAAUGAUAUCCAACCACGAUUCCCUACAAGAACUCGGUUUGCUCCUUCGCCUACAGGGUUCCUUCACAUGGGAUCAUUGAGAACCGCAUUGUACAACUAUUUAUUGGCAAAGUCGACCAACGGGACAUUCAUUUUGCGUAUUGAGGACACUGAUCAGAAAAGAUUGGUUCAAGGAGCAGAAGCCAACAUUUUGGACACUUUGCAAUGGUGCGGGGUCAAAGUGGACGAGGGUCCAAUCGAAAUCGAUCGUAGUACUGGGAAAGUGAUCAAAGAAGUUGGUGAAUAUGGGCCUUAUAAGCAAUCAGAACGUUCGCACAUCUAUAGAAAAUAUGCCGAUGAAUUAAUUGACAAAGGAUUGGCGUAUCGAUGUUUCUGUUCUAAAGAUCGAUUGGAUAAACUUGCGGAAAGUGCGAAGAAGUUGGUGCCACCAACCACUGUGUCUUAUGAUAGACAUUGUACACAUUUAACGGAAGAAGCAUCAAACGAUAAGAGCCAACAUCAAUCAUUUGUCAUCAGAUUUAAGUCGCCCGCCCACAAAUAUCCUCCAUUCAUUGAUUUGUUGCACGGACAAAUCGAUCUCCAACCACAAAUCAAUCCAAAUGAUGUGAGAUACGAGGACCCAGUGUUGAUGAAGAGUGAUGGCUUGCCUACUUAUCAUUUUGCUAACGUUAUUGACGACCAUUUGAUGAAAAUAACUCAUGUUAUUCGUGGAGAAGAAUGGUUGGCAUCGACCCCAAAACAUAUUGCGUUGUACGAUGCGUUUGGAUGGGAUAAACCAGAAUUCAUCCAUAUCCCAUUGUUGACCACAGUUGGCGACAAGAAGUUGAGUAAGCGCUCAGGUGAUAGCAAUGUGAUGUCUUUGGCGGCAAAAGGGGUGUUACCAGAAGCGUUGGUGAACUUCUCGGUGUUGUUUGGCUGGUCGCCGAAAAGAACCACUCCUGGAGAACCAACAAAAGAGAUUUACAGUAUGAAGGAUUUGUCAAAGAUUUUCUCUAUUAACGAGUUGACCAAAGGCAAUGCCAAGGUUGAUGACAAGAAGUUAUAUUAUUUCAAUAAGGUCCAUUUGCACCAGAAAUUGGUGUCUGAUCCGGAAUUUUUCCAACAAUGUGUCGGCCAACUCGUUGACGGGUUAAAUUCAAAGUAUGCGAACGGUUGUUGUAUUCCAAUCACGAACGAGAAAGGAGUACAGAUUUUGCAACAUUUGGGGAAAAACUUGACGACGAUAAAUGAUUUAUUGGGGGAGACGUACCAGUAUUUGUUUGAAUCGCCAGACUUGGGUGGUAAUGAUGCUAUAAAGUUUGUCCAAAAUAUUGGUGAAAGCACGACGAGGGUAACCAAGAUCUUACAAGAUGCCAGUGACUAUUUGACCUCGGUAAAGACUUUGGAAGGCUUCACCAGCAAGCUUGGGGAGUACAGUUCUAUAGAAGUGAAGAAGAAGGAACUUUUCCAAGUGUUAAGGUUUGCACUUUCUGGAAGUCAUCCGGGGGUUAGCAUUGAUGUUUUGGUUGAUAUCUUGGGACAACAAGAGAGUAUCGAUCGUUUCAACGGCGCAGUGAAAUAUCUACAAGAGGAGAGUCGAUGA